GCACUUGUCAGUGUGCCAGCAGGUCAGUGUGUUUCCCAGCCGCCGUCAGACUGACUGGAAUAGCGCACAGACUUAUGUUUCUAUUUGUGACACGGACUCGUUUAUGGAUAAACAGCGCGGAAGAGCGUGAUUCGGUGAACGGACGCGCUCCGGUUCUUUUUCAAGGUACGGCAGACGGCAGGUUCGCUCAAGUAGUGCAGGAAUCACGCAGCCAUUGAAACCGGUUUACUCGUCUUUGCCUAGCUCAACAACAGCUGAAUAACAUGCCAAAAAGUCGUUUAAUGUGCAUUUAAAAGUGGUAAGUUGUGUUUGCGCUCGUCUUGUUGCGUUAUGACGUCAUACCAGCAGGUAUAGGACUCCAGGCUGGUGUAACAGUGUAACAGAGGUGAUAAAUUACAGUGACAGGUUGAGGGUCGGGUCCGAUUUGUUUUGAUAUGACGUCAUGGCCCUUGUUGCAUGACCUCACAGAGGUCAGUUCCGGGAGGAAUGAGUUAUGAGCAGUCUUACUAAGAAGACACUGUUUAUUAACAAUCCUGGCAAUAAGCUGUCUUUUGGUAAUAGAGAUCUGAACGAUGCCUUCAUCAGCCUCUACGACGAGUCCAUCAGGAGAGGGAUGUACGCAGACACGGACAGACACCCGUCACCACGGGACAGAAUGACACUGAGACUCGGGAACCAUGAGGAUCCUGCCUCGGACGUCCGUCUGGACCCGCGCACAUCUCCUGUCACCGGCUACCUCCAAACCAGCAGAACAGAAGACCGCACAAACCCUGCCGCAGACGUCUACCACGGUACGGAGCGUCUGCUCGGCAUCCGGAGAGCGCCCUGGUCCAGCGCUGCCAGACACCGAUUCGAGCUGAUCACCGAGCUGGGACCCGAGGAGGUCCGGUGGUUUUACAGAGAGGACAAAAAGACAUGGAAGCCCUUCAUGGGACACGACUCUCUCAGGAUAGAGAUCAUGUAUCGCAGGUUAAACCAGGAAAGGAGCCGCGGCGGAGAGGAGAUCCCUGAUGGUCUUGAUGGAGGUCAGUCGCCGCUGGAGACCAGCGCUGACACCGCUGUAGAAGCAGUGUGUGUCCGAGGAGGACUCUAUGAAGUGGAUGUGAGGAAUAAAGAGUGCUAUCCAGUGUACUGGAAUCAACAGGAUCGUAUCCCUGUCAUGAGAGGCCAGUGGUUCAUUGAUGGCACAUGGACGCCUGUAGAGGAGGAUGAGAGCGACCUCAUUGAGAAAGAACACCUGGCGUGUUUCCGAGGACAACAGAUACAGGACGCUUUUGAGACUGACACGCUGGCCAAGACUGUGGACAGAAAAGAUGUUCUUUCCCAUUUCCCCCCAUUCUACCUCGCCUUUCUAUUCAAAUGGAGUGGAUAUCAGACGAGUGCUAAAAGUCACAAGCGAAAGCGAUGCCAAGCCCUUCACAGUCUGCAGCUGAGCCGCAAUCAUGUGGACUGGUACAGCGUGGAUGAGGUGUAUCUGUAUAGUGACGCCACCACGUCUAAGAUCGCACGCACUGUCACGCAGAAGCUGGGCUUCUCUAAAGCCUCCAGCAGUGGCACCAGACUGCACCGCGGCUUCGUGGAAGAGGCCUCGCUGGACGAUAAACCCCCUCAGACCACACACAUUGUGUUUGUGGUCCACGGCAUUGGACAGAAGAUGGACAAGGAUCGUAUCAUCAAAAACACUGGCAUGCUGCGGGAAGCUGUGAGGAAGAUGGAGGAGAAGCACUUUGCUGAGCAGACAGAGGAACAUGUGGAGUUCCUGCCGGUCGAGUGGCGCUCUAAACUGGCUUUAGACGGCGACACAGUGGAGUCAAUCACACCGGAUAAAGUGAGAGGCCUGAGAGAUUUACUCAACAGCAGCGCCAUGGACAUCAUGUACUACACCAGCCCUCUCUACAGAGACGAGAUCACUAAAGGUUUGACGCAGGAGCUGAACCGCCUCUAUUCUCUCUUCUGCUCACGAAACCCUCAGUUUGAGAGCAGCGGCGGCAAAGUGUCCAUCAUCUCCCACUCGCUGGGCUGCGUGAUCACCUUUGAUAUCAUGACAGGCUGGGAUCCUGUGCGCUUCUGUCUGCAAGAACACCAGGAUCAGCUGGAGGGAGAAGAUUUGCACUGGACCACUAAUGACGAGCGCCACCUGCUGGAGGACGUGCAACUAGCCAGACGGAGGUUACGAGAUCUGCAAGAUCAGCUUCAGGGCCUGAAGGCAUCAAAACCUGCACCCUUCCCUACAUUACAGUUUAAGGUGGAGAACUUCUUCUGCAUGGGUUCUCCUCUGGCUGUGUUUCUGGCUUUGAGAGGCAUCCGGCCCGGAAACACCGGCGACCAGGACCACAUCAUGCCCAAAUCCAUCUGCCGGCGCCUCUUCAACAUCUUCCACCCGACAGAUCCCGUGGCCUAUCGACUGGAGCCUCUCGUUUUAAAGCACUACAGCAAUAUCGCACCUGUGCAAAUACACUGGUGUAACACCAUCAGCCCCACCCCGUACGAUGAGAUCAGACCCACAUAUCUGAACACGAGUAAGAGCGCAGCGUCCGACACGGAGAACGGCUCCAGCCCCUGCAGCUCACCUGUACUGACCAGGACACACUACGGAGAGUCCAUCACCAGCCUGGGCAAGGCCAGCAUUCUGGGCGCCGCUAGUAUCGGGAAGGGCAUCGGCGGGAUUUUAUUCUCUCAUUUCUCUCGAUCGCCCAGCCUGCCGUCAGCCGUGGAUUCUGGGAUGGGUGACAGUGAGGACAGCCAAAGCACUUUUACAUUUUCAGCCAUGUCUCCAUCCUCUUCCUCCUCUUUAUUCGAUGCAGCAGUUGAGAUGGAGCACCGCAUCGACUACGAGCUUCGGGAGGGUUUGGUGGAGAGCCGCUAUUGGUCAGCUGUGACCUCACACACGGCCUACUGGACGUCCCAUGACGUCGCCCUGUUCCUCCUGACCUUCAUAUACAAGCAACAGAGCACAGUCCAGACAGAAAACACCAGUCCCAUGUAGCACAGACAGCACUUUCCACAAUCAAGACUGUUGUCGUCCUGUCCGCUCUGGGUCUCUAGGACACUUCAAAGAACACUUGAUGCCUCUGAGUUUCCUAAGCCUUCCCAGACGGACAGAGACUAUGCAAAACCUGCAGCUCCCAACCUCAUUAUUGAGAAAACCUAAUAUUUUUGAUAUACUGUAAGAAGUCCAAAGAAUGCACCUGAGAAUAUGCAGCAGACAUGCACAGUUUAGGACCAUGCAGAGCUAAGGGUCAAAUAGAGUUCUUUAUUUAGUCAGCAGCACAUAAUUAUGGAGGAUUGUUUCCACCAUGGAAUAAAAAAUGAGGUAAUUCCGGGUUUUUAUCUCACAAUUGUGAGUUUAAUGUAUACAGUAUAUCACUAAUGCAAGUUAUAAACUUUUACAUCUUUACAGUUUACAUCUCACGAUUCCGAUUUGUUUUUUUUUUGCGAGUUGUGAGAUGUAAAUUCAGAAUUGCAAUAAAGUCACAAUUACCUUUUUUAUUUUUAUUCUGUGGUGGAAACACGCUUUCAUAGACAAUAAACCCCUGAUAACGGCUGGCACUUGUUUAAAUAUGUGCGUGAGAGAUUGUUUUUGAAAUUUUUGUUUUGACUUGAAGGAACAAUGUCUGUUUAAUGCAAUAAGAAGCACAACUAAUUGUAUAUUGUUCAAAAAAAGAAAAAAAAAUGUUUAUGCGGAAGGGUACUUGAGGGUUCUUUGUUAUGCCCUCACAACUACAUUGUGAUGUGGUUUGACCUUAUUUAUUUAUGUUACUGAUGCAGCACACAUGAUUAUGAAUCAUGAUGGACAGAUAAUAAAACUUGCUGAAGCCAGAGUUUAUAGCCAAA